AUGUCGACCGGGCGCAAGGUCUUCCAUUGCGCCGUGGACGAGACGGCUCUAACCACCAACAUUAGCGAGAUCAAGAAAUGGACCACCAACGGUGCCAUCGACCUCAUUGUCCCUCUUUACACCCUCGAGCGCUUGCAUGCAUUGAAGCGGGCGGGAUCGCAGGUUGCCAUCAAUGCUCGCGAGGCCGUUCGCUUUCUUGACCGAGUUACUUCUGGAAAGGACCAUAUCGCCGCUGAAAGAGUCACCCUCCAGGGUCCGAUGGAACAGUACGAGCGCUGGGAGGAUGCGGAGAAAUUCUUCUUACCGGAAUUCGAGGAGGAACCCGAGGCCCCCAGUGACGCAGAUGCUGCCGCUGACGUCGAAAUCGCCGAGCCAAUUAUCGAGGAACAGGGUACUACUGGUGUUACUAGAACCGAGGAUUUGUCGCAGAUGCUGCUCAGUAAAUUGAACUUCAAGAAGGAACCCGAGGCCCCCUCCAUCAACUCGGUCGGUACCCCAAGUGGGCCAGCCUCGCGCACCUCUUCCCGAAGCUCACGCACCAGCCCCGAAUGUGCCCAGCACGAGAAUGUCAGCGCACCGAAAUCCGAGAAAUUCAAGCCCGGCCAUGAACGUACCCUGUCUGCAUCCACCAUUCCCUCGGCCCCGGUCGCUCUGCGCCCGUUGCUGCGUGCUCUUUUGUGGCGGUUGCACAGUGGCCCGGACGCCGAGAAUUCCGCCAAAAGUUGCAUUCUUGUAUCCAACGACAAUGCGACUCAAGCAUGGGCUCAGAAGUUCGGGAUUGGCGUGAAGAAUAUCCUGCAGUUGCGCACUGCGAUUCAGUACGAGGAGCGCGAGUACAAGAAUCGCUGCAAAUACGUCGAGAAGACACAAACCCAGACUCAAACUCAGACUUCGGAACCCAAGACUCUCCUUUCUUAUGAGGAAGACAGUGACGAAGAUGAAUUGGUGUUUGUUCCCCGUGGACGUGGCAAUGGCAAGGUUCCCUCUCGUGGUGCUGGUGCUCGAGGCGGGGCAGCUCGCAAGGCUGCCGCAAAGACCACCCCCAAACCACCCGUGCCCGCGGCCGUGCCCGCGCCCGAACCUAAGGCCAUUGAGGUCCCAACUCAACCUAUCGAUCCAAAUUCAUUCAGUCGAUCCCUAGGUGGACCCAGCAAGCCUGCCCCGACCGCAGAUACCAACAACCAGCAAGGUCCUUCCCGCGGCAAUUCCGGAGGUCCCUGCCGUCCUAAUGGACGUCGCGGUGGGAAAAAUCGUGGUGCAGCUCGAGGAAAUGGACGUGGACGCGGUAAGCUUUGGGUUCCUUGA